CACAUUUUUGGGCUACUGGGCCUCUUAAAAUUAUUCACAUUGGGCUACCAUGGGUUAUUGGGCUUGAUAACACGAACAAGAUUGAAACUCAUAACAUUUCUUACCCAUUCAUUACUCACACAGCUUCUUCUCGCCCGUUCUCGGCGCCUCUUUAAGUAAGCGAAAGUUUAUGUAAAUCUUUUGGGGAUAGUGGUGAUCAACAGUUAGAAGAUGAAGUACAUGAGGCCAAUAAAUUUAUUUCAAGAUCUGUUGAAGUUGAAGGCAUCGGAACGAGGGCGAUUUCUUGGUUUGGAUGUUGGAGAUAAGUACGUAGGCUUGGCAGUUUCAGAUUAUCACAACCAGAUUGCAUCACCUUUGCGUGUUCUGCUAAGGAAGAAAUCGAAUAUUGACUUGAUGGCCACUGAUUUUCAAAGUUUGAUAUCCGAAUUCUCCUUGUCAGGCUUCAUUAUUGGCUACCCAUUUUAUAGAAACAGAAACAGCCCAGAUGCCAUACAAGUAAAACUUUUUGUUGAAGACCUUUGUAAAACAGGAGUACUUGAAGGUUUGAGGUAUACUUUUUGGGAUGAGUGUUUCACGUCGAAGAUCACGGAGUUAUUGCUGAAGGAUUUAAAUUUGCAUCCAGUACAAUAUAAGUCUGCAAUAGACAAAUUUGCUGCUGUUGGAAUACUCCAGGUGAAAGAAUCUACUAACAGAUAAACUUAUCUUGUAUGGCUGAUUUGCUUAUUUCGGCAGGGUUACUUGGAUUUUGCAAAUAGACGUACAAAGCUGAAAUCGAGUGAAGACCUUUUAUGAUGAAAAAUAUGGAAUUAAACUAGUUGCACUUGCCAGUGAAACCAUGUGGAUGCCUGGGAUAGUUAUGUAAUCAGUUUUAUGUAUCCAUGGUUUUGGAUCAGGAUCAACCACCUUGAAGAAAUUAAUGGAUUUAGCUCCGCUGUAGUGCAACAUUGUAGAAUUCUGCUUGUAUUUGUUUUAUAUUAAGGGUCGUUAUAGGUCAUUUCAUCCUUUCAUACAUGCAAGAAAUUACUUGUACCCUCACUCUCUCAAAGUCUCAGUAGUGGGAUCUUGCAAUGUAGUGAUUGAAAAAGAAUUUUGGAGGGUUGAAAUUUGUAAUGGGCCCUUCCUCCAUCCUUCUUUUUGGUAAUUACUGUAUAAUUAUCAUAUCGAUAUCUGGUGGGGACCACAGCAACGUUUGCUGAAUAAAGUUGAAGUCUUAAUUAGGA